UAAAGAAGAAAAGAAUAAUUCGGGGAUUCUCAAUUCACUGCUCCUCUCUUUGAAAAUUCAACUCUUCUUUUCUUCCCCUAAAAUCCCCACUCACUGAGUCACUUCUCACUCUCAAACCCCGUAAAAAAGCAAUUUCCCAGAAAAUGUCUUUCUCCACCCGGCAGAGGCGAGCGACGGUGUCGGAUCUUCCUUCAUCGUCGUCGCCAUCACAACCGUCGACGCCUGAAUCAUACACGAAAGUGGAUAAGCCAGGACGAUCAUCAUCGGACGGCGUCGGCGAAGACCGCGGAUUGGGGUGGUUCACGGUGUUGUUUGCUUUGGGAAUGCUACGGUAUAUGAGCGCCACAUCAAAUAUAAUACACGACUGCGAUGAAGUCUUUAAUUAUUGGGAGCCUCUUCAUUAUCUUCUCUAUAAAUCCGGCUUCCAAACUUGGGAGUAUAGUUCCGAGUUUGCGCUCCGAUCAUAUUUGUACAUUAUUUUCCAUGAGUUAGUGGGCCGACCUGCUUCCUGGCUGUUUGCUGAAGAAAAAGUGAGAGUUUUCUAUGCGGUGAGACUCUUUCUUGGUUUUCUAUCUCUUAUUUCAGAUGCUACUCUAGUGGUAGCACUUUCCAGAAAAUAUGGAAAGCGGCUUGCAUCUUAUGCACUUGCAAUGCUCUGCUUGGCUAGUGGUUGUUUCUUUGCCAGCACAAGUUUUCUUCCUAGUUCAUUCUCUAUGUAUGCUAUGAGCCUCUCAUCAGGGUUAUUUCUACUUGAGAAACCUGCAUGGGCUGUUGCUGUUGCAGCUGUGGGUGUAAUCCUAGGUUGGCCAUUUUCAAUCUUGGCAUUUCUUCCACUGACCUUCUACUCUUUAGCUAAACAAUUCAAACAAGCAUUUCUUUCUGGUGCUGUCACCUCAAUAGCUCUUCUUGCACUCUCCAUACUCGUUGAUCACUGCUACUACCAACGCUGGACAUCUUCUGUUUUUAAUCUCUUAGUAUAUAAUGUAUUAGGAGGUGGUGAGAGCCAUUUGUAUGGGACUGAGGGGCCACUUUUUUAUAUAAGGAAUGGGUUUAACAACUUCAACUUCUGUUUCAUCCUUGCUUUGCUUUUCCUGGGAAUUCUGCCAAUUGCAAGGAAAAAGUAUGCCCCUGACUUGCUUAUUGUAAUCUCUCCUCUUUAUAUAUGGCUGGCAUUUAUGUCUCUGCAGCCGCACAAAGAAGAAAGAUUCCUUUAUCCCAUAUACCCUCUUGUUUGUGUUGCUGCUUCUGCUGUCAUUGAGAGUUUUCCUGAUCUUUUCCGAGACAAAUAUAAUCCCUACGAUAAUUCUAUUAUAGUUAUGAUGGCCAAAUUUCUUAGACCUGUUGCCCUCAGCCUCAUAUUAUGUGCCUCACAUUCACGUACAUUCUCAUUGAUCAAUGGCUAUGCUGCUCCAAUGGAGGUUUACAAGAUCUUGGAGCACCAUGAUGAUGCAGGAUCUGGUUCUGUACUUUGUGUUGGAAGUGAGUGGCACCGUUACCCGUCAUCAUUUUUUGUUCCUGAUUAUAUUGGUGAAGUGAGAUGGAUUGAUGAUGGAUUCCGAGGUCUUCUUCCAUUCCCUUUCAAUGAUACUCUGGGAGGGACUGCGGCAGCACCACCAUACUUUAACAAUAAAAACAAGGCAUCAGAUGAGCAAUAUCUCCGAGAUAUUGAAGCUUGUACAUUCCUGGUCGAGCUGCAGCUGAACCGACCUUUCCCUUAUCGUGGAAAUGACCUAUCAGCAUGGGAGCCUAUUGCAGCACUACCGUACUUGGACAGAGAGCUCUCACCUGCCAAGUAUCGGUCAUUUUUCAUCCCAUACUUGUGGCAGGAGAAGAAUGUCUUUGGCAUGUACAAACUUCUGAAAAGAGUAUCAAAGCCAGAAUGAUAAACGACAUGUUGGUUAUUUCCUCGUUUCUCAUGUUCUUUCCUUUCAGAAUUAUUGUGACCAUUGACUGCUUAGAACUGUAUUAUCUAUUUUUCCCUUUUUUCAUGUUAUUCCAAGCGCAUGCUUAUCCGGAAGGGUAAAAAGGAGGGAAAAUUUUGAACACUAACUUGCAUUGUUCCCAAUGUUUGGACAAUUUUGUAGUAUUUUCUUCAUAUAGCCUUUACGUUGUGUUUGUGCUAA